AUGAUUAAUAGAGACUCUGGAUUCUAAGAUCUAGAAAGUGGAAUUCAGAGCAAUAACAUCUCAUCAGUGCAGUUGUUUGAUAUCGAUUAGCCAAGUCCUUCUGGCGGUUAUAAAUUAGAUCCAAAAAUUGAAUUUUCAUAAUUAUAAUAGCUGGAUGCUUUAAAAUUGAAGAGAGAUAUAUUUGAUAAUACUCAUAAGUAAGCCAUAAACUAGGGCCAUAAGGCUGAUGUAAAUGAGGAGGACUGUCUAAUGAGUAAUUUAAGGUAAUAAAUUAUGAUAUGAAAGUGGUAAAAGAAGUGAACCACAAGGUUCUAUUGGUUCAAUAAGUUAUAAUUUAAAAAUACAAAAGCCUUUAACAGUAAACCCUAAAUAAAAUAAAUCUAACAAAUCAAUUUAAAUUUAAAAAAAAUUGGAUCAGGAUGACAUUGUUAUUGCAUCUCCAGUUCAGAAAAAUAGAACUAACAACGUGGGAUUGAAAUCAGAUGCCAAAAUAGUUAAAUAUUAGAGUUUCGUAUAACAGUUAGAAGAACAAUAAGAAUAAAAGGAAAGAACAAAAAUAGCCCAAAUUAAUAGAGAUAUCGUAAAAUAGGGGUCCUUGAUUUAGAGAGGGAGGAGCAAAGAAUUAAAGACUGGGUAUAGAUUUGAUUUAAGUUAAGUUUAAAUGAAGUUUGGACUUAAAAGGGAUUCAUAAUAAUUAGACUAGUUUCCCGUUUUAUUUAAUAAUUAAAAACCAAGACAGAGAGAAUCAAAUUCCGAUUAAUUACUAAGAGAAUUUUCGAAGUAAUUUGCGACAACAGUGCAAAUUUUGAAUAUAUGUUGAUAAAUAGAUUAAUUAAAUAGAAGCCCAGUAUUAGUCUAAUUAUCUUUUAUUAAAUUUAAAAUAAAGCAUUAAAACUGUUGAAUUCUAUAGAAGCAAUUUAUGCAUAUUUUGGAAGAUACGUGAAGGUAAUAAAACCUGAUAGUUUAUUCAAAAUAGUUUGGGAUAUUUUAUUAUUGUUAUUUAUUGUGGUGAACAUAUUUUACAUACCCAUAUAUAUAAGUUUUGAUGUGAGAUCAUCAGGAGUAUUUGAGUGGUUCUUUGACCUACUGCCCUCAUGGGUAUUUAUGGCAGAGAUAUUGUUAAACUUCAACACUGCUUAUUACGAUAAAGGGUUGAUGCACGAGGAUCGCAAAUAGAUAAUAAAACAUUAUGUAAAGGGGAACUUCUUUUGGGACGUGAUAGUAAUAAUUCCCUAUCUUUUGUCAAACAUGGAAGUACCAUUUGUUAGAUAUGCACUAUUGUUGAGAUUAACCAGAUUAUCUCCAUUGAUGACUAGCAUAGAGGAGGUUCUGAAUUUAGAAGUAAUAUUAUCAAGGUUAUGAAUAAGGAUAAUAUGCAAGUGUUUUUGGAUUUGCUAAAAUUAAUCUUCUUUCUCUUGCUAACUGGACACUUUUGUGGUUGUGCAUGGCAUUGGGUGGCAGUGAUAGAAUAUGAAAAUUAUGGUGAGUAAUUAACUUGGUUGACUAAAUAUGACUCUAAUGCAAUGGAUUACUUUUGGUUUGAUAGAUACAUAAUUUCUUUAUAUUGGAGUGUUAUCACGACAGUUACAGUAGGAUAUGGUGACAUAGUCCCAAUAACGACGGUUGAGAGAAUAUUUGUAAUAGUUGUUACUUUAUUGAUUUGUGGUGUUUUUGGUUAUUGUCUCUCCAAUAUUGGAAACAUAUUUAAACAAAUAUCAGAUAAAAAAGGGAUUUAUAAAUAGAGAAUAAGGGAAAUCAAUUCGCACAUAAGAAAAAGAGGCUUGAGUUACAAUUUACAAUUAAAGGUAUUUGGGUUGAUGCAAUAUAGGUUAAAAAAUAUUUCGAGUAUUACUUUAAAGUUAAGUAGGAGGAAGAUUAACAUGCUGAAUAGUUUAUUGAAUAAUUGACUAAACAUCUGAGAGAAGAAGUUCUCGUCGAUAUUUACAGUAAAACAUUAACUUAAUCGCGUUUCUUAAGAGAGAAUUUUAGUGAUGAAACUCUUCACAGGUUGUGUCAAAUAGUUAAAGAAACAAAGCUCUAUCCAGAAUAAUUACUAUUCCAAAGAAAUGAUUCUCCUAAGGCACUCUGGUUUGUAUUAUCUGGAGCAGUUGAAUACGUGGCUGACCAUUAAAGUAAAACAUCCACCACUAUAUUAUAGUUGAAGAUGAACAUUUCUACACUGAAACUUUCUUGAAGAAACUAACACAAGGGUAAAUCCUAACAUUAUUUAUAGGGCUGUUAUAGGAGAGCGAGAGUUCAUUUCACAAACACCUUAUGAAUACAAUGCCAGGGCAACCAAAUUUACUUAGUUAUUGGUUUUAGAGUAAGUUAUUGAAUUCAUUUUCGACUAGUUUUUAAUAAUUCUAUUUGAUUAUUUAAGAGAAGAGUGAGGAAUUCCAGAAGUAUAGCAUGGUUAAAGAUAACCUCCUUUUUAAUAGCAACUACAAAGCUUUUAGCCAAAUCUGUGAAAUAUGUGGAUGGACUCAUCGAUUCAUUCAGUAAGAAUGUCUUCUAUACUCCAAGAUGUCCAUUUGUAUUUUUGCAACCAAACAAAAAUAAAAUAGUGAGUUCCUUUACCUCAAUCAAAACUAAUAGAAGACUGACCUUUCCCUAUAGAACCUUAAACAAAUAACAUUGGAAAAACACUCUACCUGAUGUCUAAGAAGCGGCUCUGGGUUACAUUGUCUUAAACAGUAUCGUACCUGAAAAGUUAUUUAUUUGAAUAUUCAAGAGAAAUAAAUGACGCUUACCUGGUUAAUUUAGGCUUUGAGAUGAGUGAGAAAGAUGAGGAUCAGCAGAAGUUAACUCCAACUAAAAAGAAUUCCGUCUUCAAAGAUUAAAAAGUUUUGUCGUAAUUCGAAAACAAUCUAUAAUAACCUGUUCCGUAACCUUCAAUCUAGACAGUUUUACCUGCUGAACAAAAAUCUUAAAAUCAAACUGCAAUCUUUAUUAAGGAUAGUUAAAGACCUAGUAUAACAAAUGUACCAUUAUAUAACCAACAUUAUUUCUUAGGAAAGUGUGUUAGAUUGGGAUUAAGGGAGUCAAUUUAAACAAAGUCUUAAUCGAAUUAAAUUGUAAGGCAGAGAUAGAGGCAAGACUCUCCAAUCUGUAAAAGGGAAGCUUCAUUCAAAUUUAAAUGGGACAGCUGAUAUAUUGGAUGAGUCAAUGGUUCAAGAGGAAGUCAAAAUACAUAAUGCGAAUGCGGGAUCACACAAUUUUAUACUUAGCAAAUUGAAAGUAGGUAAAAGCAAGUUCAACACUAAUCCAAAUUCGGUUGGAAUUAGAAAAGUGUCUUGGUUAGAGUUUGAUGGUGGCACAAAUCAGUUUCUAGGUUCACUUUUAUAUUUAAAAAUUAGAUAAUAAACCUAUCAAUUUAUUAAAACAAAUCAGUAAGGGAAGCAAGGGAAGUGAUUCUAAUUUCGAAUAAUCACCUCCCUCCAAUUCAUAGGAUUUAGAGAUCAAACAAAGAAUGGAAGCAAGAGAGAGCAGUCUUAAUUCCAAAAAGGCCACCAAGUAUAAUUUAUUUUUUAUUUAAAAAGUGUUGAAGUAGCUCGUCGGAAAAAAAGAAGAAAAACCACACAAUUAUUAUAAUUCUUAUAGGGAUAAGGAUCAGAAUUUGAGAAUAAGAAGGCGGAAAGGAGUCUUCUCAAUAAUGAAAUAUAUAGUUCAAGUAUUUACACAGCUGGCGCUCCUAGCAAUUUAGCUUUGAUUGAACCCAAUAAUAAAUGUGAGAACUAAGGAGAAAGUAAUAGUCUUCGAGUUGGAAAUUCGUUAGAUGGAAUAUAAAAGAGGAUAUAAGAUAUCGUCAGAGUUCAUUAUGAAAUGGAGAUAGAUGUUGCAAAAUCAUCAAAAAUCUAUUUCCCUGAUUUCAAUCUUGAUGUUGUCAUUUAAAGAAUUACUAAUUACUAUGAAAAAUUAAAUGAGAAAAAACACGAGUUUGAUAUGAGAGAAUCAAAAAGAACUAAAACAAACCUAACUCUUUUAGAUCGUCUUAGAUAAGUAAAAAACACGGCCAUUAAAGCAACCUACAUAGAUAAAGAAAAUAAUUGA